GCACAAUACUUGACAUGGACCACAUGAAUGAGCCGAACAAAACCAGUGCCUCGUGUAAAGUGGGCAAACCCGGACGCAAACGCAAGCAUUUCCCUGUGGACAGCUGCUUUUUGUUCAAAGACGCCAUUGCCGUGGGUUACUCUGGGAUCGGCCGCAGCUCCAUGUCCCACCUCCACAAUGGGGACCUGGGCCUUCUCCGCCAUGGGCCCCCCCAACUGCCCCCUCAGCUCCCCUGCUUCCCGAAACAGGAGCGCAUGGAGCUGGAGAAUGGAUAUCCCGGAGAGAGACCGGAGAGACCUACAGAGAGGGGGCCCGGGCACAACGGUUACCCCAAAGAAGCUGCAGCGCGUGGGGCAGAUGAGCAGCGCCUUGGACCCCCGCCCCUGGAGAACGGCUGUGGCUCACCCAGGGAGGAGAAGCCCGAGGUGGGGAAAGAAGAGGACGCCAUGACCCCCCCGAGGAAGAAACGUGGACGACGGAAACUAGAGCGGCCGACCAAAUAUGUGGAGCACAAAGACGAGGACGGAGGAGACUCAGUCAGGACAGAGGGCGGGCGUGGGCGGAUGAGAGGGGGCGUGGGGUGGGAGAUCAGCCUACGACAGAGGCCCGUUCCCAGGGUCACGUUCCAGGCCGGAGACCCCUAUUACAUCAGCAAACGCACCCGAGAGGAGUGGCUCGCCAAGUGGAAGAUGGAGGCUGAGAAAAAAGCCAAACUGAUGUCAGCCAUAAACGCCAUGAAGGAGCCGGAUGAGAAAGACCCAGAUCUGGACCAGGAUCAGGAUCCGGACCAGGACUUGGACCUGGAACGGGACCUGUUUUUAAUCAAGCACCCACUGCCUUCAACCCGACCUCAACUACCACCACCUCAGCCUCAGGAGAAGCCUACAGAGCUGCCAAACACGCACAGUCCGGUCCAGAUACUAGACCAAGUCCCGCCUAAAGUCCAGUCCAAGAUCCAGACCAAGAACCAGACCAAGAUCCAGUCCAUACCAGAGCCCCAGUCCCCCUCAGAACCACCGGUAUUAGAGAAACAGGAGAUUUCACCUCCUCUUCCUCCUCCUCCAUCCUCUCCUCUUCUUCAGCAGCAGCCUACAGACCCCGCCUCUCCCAAUGUGGCCACAACACCAGAGCCAGGACCCAUGGGUGCUGAAAAGAGCUCACCCAAAUCUACAGACACAGAGCCAGAGUAUGAGGAGGACGGUCGUGGUUUUGGCAUAGGGGACCUUGUUUGGGGGAAGCUGCGUGGAUUUUCGUGGUGGCCCGGCCGCAUCGUGUCCUGGUACAUGACCGGACGGAGCCGAGCGGCUGAGGGAACCAGAUGGGUCAUGUGGUUUGGAGACAGCAAGUUCUCUGUGGUCUGUGUGGAGAAACUCAUGCCUUUAAGCUGCUUCAGUAAUGCCUUUCAUCAGCCCACAUACAACAAACAGCCCAUGUACCGCAAAGCCAUCUAUGAAGUGCUGCAGGUGGCGAGCAGCCGUGCAGGUAGAGCCUUCAUAUCGUGCCCUGACAGCGAUGAGUCUGAACCGUCGAAAUCUGUAGAGCUUCUAAACAAACAGAUGAUCGACUGGGCCAUGACUGGGUUCCAGCCCACAGGACCCAAGGGCUUGGAGCCUCCUGAGGAGGAACGUAACCCAUAUAAGGAAGUGUACCAGGAGAUGUGGGUGGAGCCUGAAGCGGCGUACACUCCGCCCCCUCCCAAAAAACCCCGAAAGAGCAGCACAGAGAAACCCAAGGCCAAAGACAUCAUCGACGAGAGGACUAGAGAGCGACUCGUUUAUGAAGUUAGACAGAAGUCCCGAAGCAUUGAAGACAUCUGUAUUUCCUGUGGAAGUUUGAAUGUAUCUUUGGAGCACCCUUUAUUCGCAGGAGGCAUGUGUCAGAGCUGUAAGAACUGCUUCUUGGAAUGUGCGUAUCAGUACGACGAUGAUGGAUACCAGUCCUACUGCACAAUCUGCUGUGGAGGGAGAGAAGUGCUCAUGUGUGGGAACAACAACUGCUGUCGGUGUUUCUGUGUGGAAUGUGUGGACCUCUUGGUUGGCUCUGGAGCAGCUCACGCUGCCAUUAAAGAGGACCCAUGGAACUGUUACAUGUGCGGCCCUCGGCCUCAGUCCGGCCUCCUGCAGAGGAGACACGACUGGCCCUGUCGCCUCCAGCACUUCUUCGCCAACAACCACGACCAGGACUUUGAUCCUCCGAAGCUCUUUGCUCCUGUGAUGGUGGAGAACAGGAGGCCCAUCAGAGUCCUGUCGCUGUUCGAUGGCAUCGCAACAGGUCUGCUGGUGCUACGUGAGCUGGGGAUCCAGGUUGAGAGGUACGUGGCGUCAGAGGUGUGUGAGGACUCCAUCACUGUGGGCCUGGUCAGGCACCAGGGUCAGGUGAUGUACGUGGGAGACGUGCGCACCAUCACCAGGAAACACAUCCAGGAGUGGGGCCCAUUUGACCUGGUCAUUGGAGGAAGUCCCUGUAACGACCUGUCCAUCGUCAACCCAGCUCGAAAAGAGGGCACGGGGAGACUAUUCUUUGAGUUUUAUCGUCUUCUUCAUGAGGCUCGACCGAAGGAGGGAGACGAGCGGCCGUUUUUCUGGCUCUUUGAAAAUGUGGUGGCCAUGGGCGUCAGCGACAAGAGGGACAUAUCACGAUUCUUAGAGUGUAACCCUGUGAUGAUCGAUGCUAAGGAGGUGUCUGCUGCUCACAGAGCCAGAUACUUCUGGGGGAACCUCCCUGGAAUGAACCGGCCCUUGACGGCUAUGUCCUCAGACCGACUGGAUCUACAGGACUGUUUAGAGCACGGACGAACUGCAAAGUUUGAUAAAGUUCGGACGAUCACGACUCGCUCCAACUCCGUCAAACAGGGAAAGGACCAGCACCUCCCUGUGUUUAUGAAUGAGAAGGAGGACAUCCUGUGGUGCACGGAGAUGGAGAGGAUAUUUGGUUUCCCGGUGCACUACACAGAUGUUUCAAACAUGACUCGUUCGUCCCGUCAGAGGCUGCUGGGUCGAUCCUGGAGCGUCCCUGUGAUCCGCCACCUCUUUGCUCCUCUCAAAGAUUAUUUCUCCUGUGUCUGAGGUGAAGCUGUGUAAUGUAAUCCCGGUCGAAUCCCAUUCGGAUCCUGGUGUGAUCCGGUCUCACAGAGGAGCGGUGGCGUUGUCCUGGGUCACAGGUCUAGGGAGUUUAGGCCUAGAACAUAACUUACAUGUAGUCUCUUUAAAGGUCAGAUUUGGGCUUUUGUCCAGGGCGGUGCUGUGGUCUGGAUUUCUUCCUCAGCUGGACAACACUGACAAAAAUCUUAAAACAAUGUCUCAGUUAGUAUAGCAUUUGCCCACUGAUCUGAGGGUUGGUGGUUCGAUUCCCACUCUCGACAUUAUAAAAAACAUCAAUCCUCUGACCUUUGUGGGAUAGUCCUGCUUUAAUCCGGGGUUAGUCUCUAUCUGUCUAUUUAAACAUCCAUCUAUAUUUAUAAUCUGUAGCAAAAAUAUUGUGAUUUUUUUUCUGUAUUCAUAAUUAUCGUCCAAUCGGAGCAGACUUCUGAACAAGUCACACCUUUAAAAUGGAAAAAACUCCCAAACUACUCCAGCCAUAGUGGUCCGGCCCAGACCACAGCACCAAAAACACAUCAACAUUUCCAGUCACAUUUGAUCCUGAUAUAUCCCGAUAUAUCCCAAUAUAUCCCGAUAUAUCCUGAUAUUCCGACUCUCCAGACGUAUUUCUUCGUCAGUGGCACCACCCUCCUCCUCCAUCUUCUCCAAACACAGCCUCCCGAGUUAUGCCACAGCCUUGAACCGUGAACUCCACCUGAACCUGGUUGAGUUUCUCUGAUCCUGAUGUAGUUUUGACAUUAUUAUGACUUGUAUUUUGAAUUGUAAUUUUUAUUCUAUUUAAUUUUGUUAUGUCAUUUUACCUUUUAGCAGUGUUAUACAAGGAUUUUUGAUUUUUUUUAUGAUUUGUGCGAGAUACAUUUGGGAGACUGUGCUUUCUUCUCCAGACACUGAAUCAGAAGGUGCUAUUUCCAUGUACUGUUGAAAUUCCAUUGGAAAGU